AUGGAACCCCCAGUGGGGAAGGUGACUCACAAACUGGUUGAUGACAGCCUGGAGGUCCUCAUCUGCCAGGCCUAUGGCUUCUAUCCCAAGGAGAUCCAGGCCACCUGGACCAGGGAUGGAGAGAACUGGGAACAAGAGACCUUCCGUAGAACUGUGGCCCCCAACUCAGAUGGGACUUAUUAUGUCUGGAUCAGCAUUGAGAUCGAUCCCAAGGAGAGGGAUCGUUUUAGCUGUCACCUGGAACAUGAUGCCUUGCAGGAGCCACUGGUCUUGGCCUGCCAGGAGGAAACAGCUACAGGGUGGCUGAUUCCGGUGGGAAUUGUAGCAGUCUUAAUCUUGGGAGCUGUGAUUCUCUUCCUGAGAUACUGGAGACGUAGGACAAUUCAGGAAGCAAUGGCUUUGCAAGAUGACUUUCCUUUAGAAGGAUUCAUGCUAAGACCGUCAGAAGGCCCAGGUG